CAACCGAACAGUCAAAGUUAAAGAACUUCAGUUGAAUUCAAAAUGCGUGCAUUCAUUGUUAUGUGCUUCGUGGCAGUCGCCUGCGCCGAUAAGUUGGGCUACAACUACCAGCCAGUCAGUCACUCUGACUCUGGACUGUCCUUCAGCCCUGGCAGUGGCAGCAUUGGCGGCGGCAGCAUUGGUGGAGGAUCGAUCGGCGGUGGCAGCCUCGGAGGCCUUGGUGGUCUUGGUGGUGGCAGCAUUGGAGGAGGUUCGAUCGGCGGCGGCAGCCUCGGAGGCCUUAGUGGUCUUGGUGGUGGCAGCAUUGGAGGAGGUUCGAUCGGCGGCGGCAGCCUUGGCGGUCUUGGAGGUGGCAGCAUUGGUGGUGGUAGCAUCGGUGGUGGCAGCAUUGGCGGCGGCAGCAUCGGUGGUGGUAACCUCGGUGGUCUGUCUGGUGGUUCUCUGGAGGCUCCAGUCUCUUACAACGCCCCUGCCCCAGCUGCUGAAUUGGAAAAGGAAUUCUUCACCUUCACCGCCAACGAACAGGACUUCGAUGAACCCCAAUCUUUGGAGAAGGUGUCCAGCUCAUUGAACAAGGCUCUGCGUGUUGUCUUCAUCAAGGGACCCGAGAACCGUGGUUUGGAGAACGCUGCUUUGGCUCUGGCUAAGCAGGCUGCCCAGCAAGAGACCGCCAUCUAUGUCCUGAACAAGCAGGCUGACAUUGGAGAUCUGGCCAACAAGUUGAACGCCAUCCGCAGCAACAGCAACAACAAGCCCGAGGUUCACUUCGUCAAGUACCGCACUCCUGAGGAUGCUGCCAACGCUCAGCGUGCCAUCCAAGGCCAAUACGAUCAAUUGGGAGGUUCUUCCCAGGCCCACAACGGUGGUGUUGCCCCCGUCCUGAACUUCGCUUCCCAGGGCCCAGUCCGUCAGGCCAGCGCUAAGUCUCCCGAGAACGCUUACUUGCCCACCUCGAUCUUCCGUCGUGUCUAAAUUUCCAGUUACAUUUAGAUCAUACGAUUGAACAAA